UCGUGAAACAUUUCGACUGACUGAUCGAUAACAAAGUCUGAUUAAAUAUAAUGUUACUUUAGAGAGGACUUAACAGUCAAGCAGAACGAGUUUGUUGAAACAAACAAACAGAUUGACAAUUGCAAUUAAAAAAAAAAAAAAAACUGUGAAGUUUUGGUUAAGCUGAGUAAAGAAAAUAUUGCAAAAAUGUGGCUGUUCCACAGUCAGUGCACCAGUAAAGCGCGUCUUGUAGGCAAGACAGUAGUUAUAACAGGAGCAAAUACCGGAAUCGGCAAGGAAACUGCCAGAGAUCUCUACAGAAGAGGAGCAAGAGUAAUUUUAGCAUGUCGAGAUUUACAAAAAGCGGAGGAUGCACUUGAAGAUUUAAAAAAAAAUCCUCCUUCAAGAGCAGACAGGGAGCAAUUUCAAGGUAAUCCAGGUGAUCUCGUAAUUUAUCAAUUGGAUCUCUCUAGUCUAAAGAGCGUGAAAGAAUGUGCAAAAACCUUGUUAAUGAAGGAAUCGGCUAUUCAUGUGCUAAUAAAUAAUGCCGGCGUGAUGAUGUGCCCGCAAGAAAUAACGGAAGAUGGAUUUGACUUACAACUACAAACAAACUACAUCAGUCACUUUCUUCUGACUCUUCUGCUGCUGCCAAAAAUGCAAUCUUCUGAGCCUAUCUGUAGAAUAUUGAAUGUAUCAUCGCGUAUUCAUAUUUUUGGUGCUAUACAUGAUGACUUAAAUUUGAAGGACUCAUAUACUCCUCUUAAGGCCUAUAUGCAAAGUAAACUGGCAAACAUAUUGUUUACCAAGGAACUCGCUCGUCGAUUAAAAGAAGCAAACAUUAACGGAAUAAAUGUAUAUUCCUUGCAUCCUGGCGCUGUAAAAACAGAAUUAGGUCGACAUUUUAGGAGAACAAUAUUUCCAGGUGUAAACACUAUUAUUCGAGCAAUCUUGCGACCAAUUUUAAAGAAUCCUGAAGAAGGUGCACAAACGACGAUAUAUUGUUCGGUCGAUGAAAAAGCAGCUAACGAGACUGGUCUAUAUUACCAAGAAUGCAGAGUUACGACUCCACAGUGGAGAGCACAAAAUGAUCGAAUUGCUGAAGACUUAUGGAAUCAAACUUGUCGACUUCUGCAUUUAAAACCGGAUAAAGAUUUUGCCACAUUUUUAAAAAUUGUUUCGUGUCAAAUUGCUGAUAAAUAAUGGUGUAUAACUGAUUAAUAUAUGAUAGAAUAAUAUUUGAAAUGAAUAGUAUAUGACUGUAUAAUGAUAUAAAUAUAUAAAUUAUAUAAUUUUAAAAAAUUGUUGUU